AGUCGCCGGGAGGCGCCGGAAGCGGCGGGGCCGCGUGCGAGGGCGCGCGCCGCCAGUUGCCAUGGAACCGGCCGGGCCCUGCGCCUUCUGCCCGGCGGCCGGGGAGGCGCAGCCGGCGCGCUACACCUGCCCGCGCUGUAACGUGCCCUACUGCUCGCUGCGCUGCUACCGGGCGCACGGCAGCUGCGCCGAAGCCUUCUACCGCGACCAGGUGCUGGGCGAGCUCCGCGGCCGCCACGCCUCGCCCAGCCGCCUGGCCUGCGCCCUGCGCCGGCUCCGUGAGCAACGCGAGGCCGAGGACGAGGCCGAGGACGCGGGCCUCAGGGCCGGCCCGGGGCCCGGGGCCCUCUCGGGGCUCUGGGAGCGCUUGGCCCCCGCCGACCAGGCGGCCUUCGAGCGGCUGCUGAGCCGGGGCGAGGCCGGCCGGCUGCUGCCCCCGUGGCGCCCAUGGUGGUGGGGCCGCGGGACGCAGCCGCGGCUUCUAGAAGAACUGGGUGAUGCCCCGGGCCCUGCCCCCGCCGCUCCGGAGCCGACACCCGCCGGGGCGCCCCUGGACCCCAAGGAGGAUGCGGCCACGGAGCCCGGCAGCACCGAUCCGCCGCUCGGAGACGCCCCCGACGUCCGUGCGCCCCCGCCGCCCGCCGACCUGCCGGCGCUGGCCAGCCUGAGCCGCGGCCGCCCCUCGCCGCUCGUGCGCUUCCAGCUGCCCAACGUGCUGUUCGCCUACGCGCACGCCCUGGCCCUGUACCACGGCGGCGACGACGCCGCGCUGCUGCCCGACCUCUGCGCCACGCUGCUCGGCGUGUCCGGAGCCCUGGGCGCCCAGCAAGUCUUCGCCUCCACCGAGGAAGCCCUGCAGGCCGCCGCGCACGUGCUGGAGGCGGGCGAGCACCCGCCCGGGCCCCUGGGCACGCGGGGCGCCAUGCGCGAGGCCGCCCGCAUCCUGCUGGGCGAGGGCCCGGCCACGCAGAAACGCUACACGUUGGCAGCGCUGGGCCACCUGGCGCGGAGCCUGGGCCGGGCCCGCAAGCUGGCCGCCACCGCCGAGGAGCGAGAGCGCCUGUACCGGGCGCGGAAGAAGUGCCAGUACCUGCUGGCCUGGACCAACGAGAACGAGGCGGCCCUGACGCCCCUGGCCCUGCAGUGUGCCCAGGCCCACCGGGCCCACGAGGCCGCCGCCCAGGAGGUGGCCGAGCUCACCGGGGAGCUGGAGCGGCUCUGGGGGGGCCCGAUGCCGCCAGCACCGAGGACUCUCAUCGAGGAACUCCCCGGCUGAUCGCCGGAGCCCGUGGCAUAAAAUAAAGCUGUGACCUUGCGGCCGUUUCUGAGUGACCACCAUGC